UUUAAAUUUAUGGAUUUAUUAUUUAAGGAUUUAAUUAAAGUAGAGAAUACGAGAAGAUAACCAUAUCCAAUGUCUUGUUCUUUCGUCGGUCGCUGGGUUGGUUGAGGCGAGAGUUUGCAGAAUUCCAUUUGCCCUUUUAUUUGUUCACAUAUCUACUUCAAAUAGUAUAAAGAUCAUAAAUGCGUUAUUUUCAUCCAUAAUUUUCAAUAUCCAACCCUACUCGCGAAAUUGGAAGGAAGCGGUGUUCCAAUACGGUCUUAUAUCGAGUUUGGUGGCUAAAGAUAUAAGAUGGUUUUAGUUUCCCAUCAACCACAGGGAUUUCAUGUCUCAUUUUCAUCGAGGAAUUCACCAUGGAGCAAAAGGAUGAAGUUGAAGCAGUGUUUAACAAAACCUCACUUGAUUGGAAGAGCUGAUUGGCAUCGCGUGUUAAAGCAGACUAUUUGUUUAAGGUGGAAAUAUUGUGGUGUGGGAAUUAUAUACGGGCCUCCUCACAUUUGUGGAUCCAAGCUUAAACCUUUGACAAUUACAGGCUUCAAAGGCAGUGACCAAAAUGAUGUUUCUGCAACCAGAGCUAAUGAAUUGAAGGUCUGCAAAACCUCAGUUAGAGUAGAGCAGAAAUGGGAAGUUAAGUCAGAAUCUCCAAAGCCCCACAAUGUUCCACUCUCUUGUGCCUCUGAUGCAAAUGAAAGCCUUGCAGCAGCAUCUGGUAUUUACAAACUUUUCAAAAAAUGGCUGACAAUUUUGCGCUCACCACCAUCAAAUCAAGGAGUGGAGGAGAUUUUGGGAGAACCGCCUCCAGGGGAUUUACCAGAAACUUCACAAGGGAUGCAACAGACUGUAAAAUAUCGGACUUUAAAGGUUGCAUGGUCUACUUUUCAGGCCCUCGAUGCAACAAUAAAGAUUCCUCUCUUAAUAUUUGCUCCUUUCUUCCUGGCUGUUAAUGCAAUUUAUGGCGCUGAAGUGUCCAAGGAGUUAACUCCAUUAUGGGUUAUGGGGCCAUUAAUUGUGGCUCUCUACAUCAUGAUGGUGCGGGUGUUGUGUGCACUUUAUGUCUACAGCUUCAAGCAGACUGUGAAAGUAAUUAAGAGUUUACCCUCAUACUGCAAUUUGGCCUACAGCUAUGUUUAUGAUGGUAAGCUCAAAGAAGAUAUAAAAGCUCAUAUUUUGCAGCCUAUAUUGAGCAUAAAAAAUGCAGAUUAUAAACAGCUGACAAGAAAAAUGUUGAAAGUGUUGGCAGAAUGGAUAGGAGAGAGGUAUCUUGAUUUUGUGGAAUCAAUAUGGCCCUAUUAUUGUAGGACUAUCAGAUUUUUAAAGAGUUCCAAUCUCAUAUAAAAUUGAAAAUAAUUUUGAGGGUGGUAGUCUUCUGGAGAGGGUUAAAAUAGUAAAAAUUGGAGGAAGGGGGAGUUCCUUGAAGUUGAUUAUGUUUUCUGAUGAGGGCUGGCCAGUGGCCAAUCACAUUUUAUGUUGGGGUCUUGAACCAGUUAAUGGUCCCAACUCACAGUAUAGGAACUAGGAAGUUCCCCAGUCCUGUUAUAUUGAAAAUAUUUUUUGGUCUUAGAUUAGGCUGCAACUACAUCGAGGUUUUGUAUUAGAUUGAUUUCAUUUUUAUUCUAUAUAUGUGUAUAUGUAAUAAUUGGAAGUUGGCACCCGUUCUAUUCAACCCAGCUCCUUCCCCACCACUCUUUUCUUACGUAAGACAUGAUUUGUAUUAUGUGGCAUCGAUGGUAGAGAAUGCGUUGUUAACCACUGGGUUGUUCUAAAGAUGACUUCUUAGGGAACA